AAAAAGCAACAACUGAAAAGUCCUUGUGGAUGGAGGGGUCCAGCAGCCCCCGCUUCAGGAAGCUCCAUUUCCCUGUGGGACUGUGGAUCAACUCUCCGCGAAAACACUUCGCCAAACUGGGGGCGCGCUGGCCCAGUGCAGCCUCCGUCAAAUCCACCACCAGCUCCGAUGCUGCCUCGCUGCACGAGGCCCCCAUGGCUCCUUCGUCCUCCCUCUCCCUCUCCACCCCCUCCCUUGCCCCCCCUUCCCCCUCCCCAUCUCCCUUCCUCCGUCCCCGUCCUGCCCACCCCCAGUCACGCGCUAAGCGCUUGUCCCACCUCUUCCUGAGGGGACGGUCAAACAGCGACCGGGACCGAGCUGUCGGGGACAGAGAGAGGGAGGUUUGGGCACACUCCGCUGCACCUUCCUCCCACCACUACCUCCCUCCCGCCUCUUCCUCAGCCCCUGGUCUCAUUAAGAUCUACGGAGAUGCCCUCUCUAGCGGGGCCAACUACAGGAGUCUACUGGCAAACAUCCACUCCACUGCCCACCAGCUCAUCUCACAGGUCAUCACCCGCUACACUGAAAGAGAGAGGGAGGCAGAGAGUGAGGAUGGAGCUUUCCACAAACCUAGCCCUGAGGACUUCCUGCUGUGUGAUGUCAUUGGGAAACCCAUCCAGCAGCCAGAUGGAACCGUCCGCUGGGAGACAGAAUGUCGGAGGGGUGUGGCCUCGUGGGAGUGCCCCCUGCUUCUGAUUGACAUGUGGAAGCCGAAGGAAGGGUUUGAGCGACGUUUCGAGAUUCAGAGAAAGGAAGACUACGAGAGGGAAGAGAGGGCGAAAGAGAAGGAAAGGGAGAGAGACGGAGAGAACUAUGGAGUGCAAUGGAGGCGGAGCCGAAUGGCAUCAGGGGGAGGGCCGGAGGAGGCGGGGCGCGGCCACCGUGGGAGGAACUCUGAGCUUCGGAGAAGCAUCAGCGACAUGAACCUGAGCCUGAGGCGUCGCCAGGGAAACCACUCCGGCAACGACAACCGUCGCCCAAGCAACGCCCCGGGCAACAGCGGCGGGGUCCUGGACAGGAAGAACAUCGUGAGCAUGAUAGCGACGGAUUCUGGGGAGAUGAUGGGGUCAAAGAUGGGAGCUGAGAGGGACAGGCGACCCCAAGGAGCAGAAGAAGAGAAUGAUAUUUCAGCCUGUGACCUGGAAGUGAUGUCCCAGAGCCUGAUCCUUCCACCCACAGACUGCCCUUACUUCCUGCUACUGCAAGGAUACGACCAGAGCAAGGACUUUGUGCUGUACAUCAUGUCUAGUCACACACAUGUCUUUGGAAGAAAACCAACGGCCAGGGAACGAGAGAAGGACAGAGAGAGAGAGAGGAAGGGGAAGAAGCCCCUGAAAGUGGACACCUUUCUCUCUGCCCCCGACCUGCUUCCUCGUCACCUAUUGGUCAGGAGAGACUCUGCCCUCCCUGGUCAAGAUUCCAAACACGCCCUGGUGCGCCCCUUCAGAGGAGGCGCUGUCACUCACAACGGGGUAGCCCUGUACAGGGAGGCUGAGCUCAAACCAGGAGACCUGCUAGGACUGGGAGGCCACUUCCUCUUCCUGUACCGCGACCCCCGCGUGACCCCGGCUCCGCCGCUCGCUCUGCCGUUGCCUUGGCAACAAGAGCCCUCCGCAUCCUGUUGUCCGGGCGGCUUGGUGGACAGACAGGAGGUUCUUCGACAGUAUCUUGGAUCCACUGAGGCCGUGCUCAAGUUUCACCCCAGACAUGCUGAUACACUGCUGCAGGAAAUCAUCUCAAAGAAUUCCUCCCCUGAUUCAGGGGGUGGGGCUCUAGCCCCGGCGUACCUCCUGUCAAUGAUGAUUGACUACGCUUCCAAACACCUGGACCCUGCACUCAUCCCCCAGCUGCUAUUAAAGUCAGCCAAUCAAAUCAAGGCAAUUGUUUGGGAUAAAAUUAAAGAAUUUGGGGAUAAGCAUCCAACACAAAAUUCUACAGAUCAAGGAGCUGACAUGAGCACACCCAGUAUACAGAAGGUGUCUUCUGACCUUCGACCUUUGAUGUUCUGGAUGUCCAAUGCCACAGAGCUUCUGAACUUCUUCCAGGUUAAAGUUGAGGCCAUGGAGAAAGAGUGGGAAUUUGAAGCUCCCGGCGACCCUGUUUUGGUAGCUGACCUGGACACCUGCUCAGAGGCCCUGGCACAGCUUGAUGAUGUCAUAAUGCACACCUUUCAGCAGUGUGUGUACCACCUGACCAAGACACUCUACUCCCUCCUGCCAGCUCUCCUGGACACCAACCCUUUCUCCAGUGAGGAGAAGGAGAAAGAUAAGGAGGGAGGGCGAGAGGAGGCAUUGGGUGAGGCAGGAGGGGAGGAGGGGGAUGAGGACGUGUCUGGCCUCCCUCCCACCGUUGCCGGCCUGGUGGAAGUGUACCGGCGCUCCCUUUUGCUCUCGCGCGAGGCCUGCCUCUCUCCACCGCUCACCUCCCAGACGUUCGGAUACCUCUUCUUCUUCACCAACACCUCCCUGCUCAACACGCUGCUGGAGAGAGACGCACUCUUCUGCUGGUCCCGGGCGGUUCAGAUUCGCACAAAUCUGGACCUGGUUCUGGACUGGUUGCAGGGUGCAGGACUGGGAGACAUUGCCUCCGAGUUCCUAAAAAAGCUAUCAAUCACUGUCAACUUCCUAUGCAUCCCAAAGACCCGCCUCAUCCAGUCUUCCUGGUCCAGCCUACAGGAGGACUACUCCUUAUUAAGCCCCGCCCAGCUUCAUCACCUGCUGACUCAUUAUAAACUGGGACCUGCUAGGGCCCCACCUGCCUCCUGGGCCCCACCCCCUGGGACAGAACUUAGUGGAGAUAUUUUUGAGAGCUUCUUGGACCAUCCUCCACUAAUUUUGCCCAAUGAGACCCCUCGACUGGACCUUACUCAGCCAAUUCCAAGUCCCGAACUUCAACAGGAAGUAGCACGUCUGCGUAGCUUCUUGUGGGGACUUGAUCAGGAUGAACUGCCAGCUAAUCAGAGGACCAGGCUAUAAAAUUCAGUCAUCCAACACCAUCACUGUGACCAACUGGAGAGGAAAAGACAGGGAUUGAGAAAGACUAACCAUAAUUUUUUUGGUGGCUGGUACUACCAAUACUUCUGUUUCAGGGAGAAGCUCCCUGUUAUUCAAGGCUGAGGUUUUUGUUAGAAGACAGUUAUUCAUAAACAUUUUUCCUUGGAUUAAACAUUUUCACAUGUAAAAUAAGUAGUUAAAAUAUUUAAACUGGAUCAAUUAAGCGGUUUGGACACUAAGUACUAUAUUAACACUCACUCCGAGAAGUAAAAAGGUAGCAUAUUACAACUACCAAAUGGAUAAGACCCCCCUCCCCUUAUUUUUUAAAUAUCAUGUAGACCUAUGUUAAUACAGAAAACUGU